ACAGGAAGUAAACAAACAAACGGAGCUGUCAUCCCCAUUGUCAAGAUGGUGAAAGCUGCAAAGUCCUGCUGCUGACAAACUGAUGACAUCUUGAAAUAGCCUUUUAUCUAAGUCAUUAAGGUGUGCUCUGACAUGUGUGGUCUUCACAUCCCAUCCUGAGGGUCCAAAGCCUGACAGUAGCUGCCCACAGCACCAUGGCUGAGGUGCUGGGACAGAGGAGCUUGGUGGGCUUUGGUGUUGUGUUGGCUUGGUUGGUGCUUUUCCACCUCCUGGUAAACAUCUGGCUGCUGUGUGUGUUCACCAGCCUGCUGGUGGUGCUGGGGGGCUGGCUGGGUUCGCAGGCUGUCCUCGAGUCCAACAGUGUUGUUCACCUGGAGAGGUUUAUCACCCUGGAACCGAUUCCACCGUCUGCGGAGGAUGAGCAGCAGCUGGACCAGGAGAUCCAGAACACGGUGAGGAAAAUCAUCAGGGACUUUGUUUCCUCCUGGUACUCAACUGUAUCCACCGAGAGUGGCUUUGAAAUGGAGGUGCAGGAAGCCAUGAUCUCCAUGGCCAUGGAGCUGAAGAAGCGCGCUAGACAGGUGGACAGGAAGGAGUUGAGUCAGAGGAUCCUGGAUUUGUGUGGCUGCCACCUGCAGAACUACAUAAAAGCCAAGGAAUUAGUGACCAAGCAGCAGAGGCCUCCUGCACCAAACAGCAGUAAUGAGAGUGACCAAUUGUGGAAGGUCUACUCCAAGAUAAGCACACCUCACCCUGCUAUGAUCAGCACUGCCAUGGAGGUCAACUAUGCCAGGACAAUAGUAGAUCUAAUGCUGCAUGUUUUGGUCCCUCCACCUCACCUGGAGACCUGCACUGGACGGUUUGUUGUCGGAGAGCUCAUUACCUGCAAUGUCCUCAUCCCUCUUAUUGACAAACUAUCUGACCCAGACUGGUUAAAUGUUCUCAUUCUUGAAGUAUUCGCUAAGUCAGAUAAAAAUCAGGAAUUAGUUACAAAAGAGCCGCUGCCUUCGCCACCGCCACCACCACUGCCUGCUGAAUUGGAGCUAGGUCCACAGCAAGAGACCAAACAUGGGCCUCCAAAAUCCACUGAAGAUUCCUCAUGCCCUGUGACAUCAAGAGUUGAGACUGACAUGGCCAAUGAUGCGGAGACAGCCAUGCCUGAUGUAGCUGCCUACGAUAUCAUUGACUCCGAGGAGCUGUACUGCCCACAGAACAACAUCGAAGAAGAAGAACCCACUCGACCUUUUUUAAGACAUUACCUUAGACCAGGCAAGUCGAACCCAUUCUACCAGGAAAAUGACUCUGAUCUGGAUUCUCCCUUGACUGAUUAUAAACGGAGCUCCAUUGAUUCCCUAGUCAUGCUAGGCCAAGAGGAGGGCCUGGAUGAGAGACAGAAAGAAUGUGCCACAUCCACCGAGAACAACAAUGGUGUGGACUUGGAGGAUGUUUACCCAGGCCUUGUGGAUGGCUCUUGCCCCAAAGUGCUGGUGAAUUCAGAACCGGUGGACCAACCUAAUGGCUGUGGCCUGUCAUCAAUAAGGACAGCAGAGGUGACUCCCAGUUCCAGCAGCCUCCAGGACCUGGAUAGGGAGGGCAGCUGUACUUCUGCAAACCCUGCCAGAGAGCUCCUUCUAGGGGUGGACCAGAUGGGGUUGGGAAACCCUAACGAGCUUACUGUAGUCAGUCCCUCGCAGGGCUCUUCCCCUUUGCCAUCCUUCAGUUUUGAGCCCCUCAGCAGCCCUGAGGGACCGGUCAUCAUUCAGAAUCUACGCAUCACUGGCACUAUCACAGCCAAGGAGCACCGAGGCACCGGCUCUCACCCCUACACUCUCUACACCAUCAAGUAUGAGACGGCGAUGAGCUGUGAUAACUCAGGCAGCAUCCAGCCAGGCUCUGAAGAGGCAGAGGCUGUGCAGGCAAGUUAUGAGAGCUCAGCAUCUGUUCAGCCGGUGGCUUAUCACAUGGUCAACAGAAGAUACAGCGAGUUCCUCAACCUGCAGACACGCCUGGAAGAGAAACCAGAACUGCGGAAGCUUAUCAAAGGCGUGAAAGGACCAAAGAAGAUAUUUCCAGACAUGCCAUUUGGAAACAUGGACAGUGAAAAGAUAGAGGCCAGGAAAGGACUGCUGGAGACUUUUUUAAAGCAACUUUGUGCGAUCCCUGAAACAGCUAACAGUGAAGAGAUGCAGGAGUUUUUGGCUCUCAAUACAGACGCCAGGAUUGCUUUUGUCAAGAAGCCUUUUAUUGUAUCACGCAUAGACAAGAUUGUGGUGAACGCCAUCGUGGACACCCUGAAGACGGCGUUUCCUCGCUCUGAACCUCAGAGCCCAACGGAGGACAAUGAGUCAGAGAUGGAUGGAGGGAAAAUCACAUCUGACAAGAAGAACAAGUCUCGUCUGAGGUUCUCCAGUAAAAACACGCCCUUUAUGAAUGGCUCAGACAUGAGACCCCCGGUGUUGUUCUGCUGGGAGCAAAACAGCACAGUAUUCAACAGGAAGUCCUUAGCAGAUUUGGAGGCCUUCAUCAAUGAACAGGAGCGACUGGCCAACAGAGUGGCGGUGCAAGACCCAGAAGCAGAGAGGGAGGAUGCUCCGCCUGUCCAAGAGUUAGAAGUCUGUCAGGGAGACAGCCUGAGAGAAACACAGAGCCAGGAAGCUGGGUCUGAGACGGCACUGGCUGAGGUGGCUCUAAACAUCCUGUGUCUGCUGAUGAGGGAGCAGUGGAGCUGGCUGUGCACCGAGAACAUGCAGAGGACCAUCAGGUUGUUGUUUGGGACCCUCAUUAACAGGUGGCUGGAUGUGAGCGUGGCCAACCUCACAUGUACCCAGUACUGGGUGUUGUAUCUACAGGUCAUCCAGGAGGCCGUCUGGCCAGGGGGAGUGCUGCCCGCUGCUCCUGCACCUGAACGCAGCCAGCAGCAGAAAGACGACACCAAGCAGCAGGUCCUACAGUGUCUGAUGAGACUCCUACCAGAUCUGGUCUCUGACAUGUUGGGCUCUGAAAAAUACAAACUCAGCUGGCAGAAUGCACUGGACUCUCUGCAAGACCCAUAUAUUAACAGACACCUGCUCUAUUGCAUAUGCGACCUUCUCCUGGAGUUCCUGAUUCCUGAAAUACCCGAGGAGGACUUCGAGAGGAGCCUGCUGCAGAGCCUCUCCAAGAACCCAGAAAAACUGCUGGCAUGAGGGAACAAAUCUAGACUAGACCCCCUACAAGAACAUUGCAAUGGGAGUGCGAGUGAAUGCAUCUGUAGAGACUGAAUAUUCAUUGUCCCCUCUUUAAACUCCAGGAUUUGGACCCUGAGGUCACUCGGGUCUGUCUCCAAUUUAGCCUUGAUGUAUUGACGUAUGUGGCUCUUGAACACGGUGUGCUGUACACAGACACAAGCACGUACACCUACAUAGCACACAUUUGAACCAGCUUUGAUUACAUGAGAGCACCUGGUUUGUGUUUGAUCCCAGAACGUCUCUGAUGUACUGGACUGAAAACCGAUGGGGUCUAAACAUGUGGGAAAGCCUCCCGAUCUCCACAUUCAGCCUCUUCCUGCUCACUAAAACCUCUGGCUUUGGACAAACUCACUUCAGAUGGCCUUCACACUCUGUCCUUAUCCCCUCCCAGAAUCCAUGGAUAGAAAAACCCAGUGUUGCUCUGGUCUGAAGAAGCAGGAUUUGCCUUUCUCCCCCACACUUAAGGCUCAGCAGCGGCUAUUGGGGAUUAUUGUUGUUGUUUCUGGUCUCUAUUGCCCCCAUCUUCAAAUUCCCACCUGCUCCGCAUAACGCCACACGUGAUAAAGCGCACUUCCUAAAUCUGAGCCUUCCUAGAUGAUCAGACGCCUCACGUCAUAAUCUCUUUUUAACCUGCCAUCCAGUGUUCAGAUGCAGAACUCGCAUGUGUUAGACUGUGUUGCAAUAUUGUAGAGGCUUGGCACUUUUGUGGCAAAUCUCCUAACAGCCACAGCUACUGCCGUCAUGAAUGAGAAUAUUUAUCAACUAGGCUACAAGAAGAGAUACCUAGAAAAAAGUAGCUGUGUAAGUGAAGAUUCACUAAUUGAUAAAGUAAAAAUGAAGGGUCUGUUCAUUUAGAUUUGUUUCCAAUAUGUUAGGACUUUUAGCUUGAGAAGAGUCAGUUCACUUUACCUGAAGAAACAGUUGAUUUUUUGCCUUUCUUAACUAGUGAACUUUCUGGCAUGCUAAUUUUCUAAAACAGCUAAUGUUAAUGUAAGCUUGCUGCUACUAGCUAUUUCCUGCUGAAGGCUAACGAACAUUAACUGCUGGACAAAUCAUACGUAUUAACAACAAAGACAGUCAUUGUUAUCUGACCAGAUACUGUGGUUUGCGAACUAACUAACUAACUAACUAAAAUAACUAAAAACACUUUAGAUGUAUCAGUCCAAAAGAGCACAGAUGCUAAUCAUGUCAGUGCCAUAUCGUUGAGGCAUAAGUGUAAAAAAGCAAUCUACUGGUCUUACCCAUUUUUCUCAGAGCUGAAGACCUCCAGUAUGGCUGUUACAUUCCCCUAUCGUCCCAAUAAAACUGCGUAACCUCUACGUUUCCACCUGGUAUGGUGAGCUCCUGAAGAGCAAUUAGAUACCAGGGAUAAGGAGGGGUCGUCUCUAACUCCUGAAAACAUGUUACAAUGCAACAAAAAUCUCACAUUCCCCUGAUCACUUCACUGUAAAUCGCUUUGUUUCAAUUGAAGUCAUCAGUGAGCCUACAGUCACCUAAUGAAUGUUUUUAAAGAUUGCUUUUGCCAUUCGUACCAUCAUUUUGGGCCUGCACAAACGCAGCAUGACAGUUGCAUAGGUAAUUGUAAUAAUCCUAAUGAUCCUAAAUCCUAAUGAUAAUAUCACGGCCAAGGUCAUUAUUAAAGUUACAUGGAUUGUGUCACAGUGAUGUCCAAUCCCCAUGUCUUAACACAGAUUGUCUUAAACUACAGGCCAGGGUGAUAUUCCACAAAGACGACCACACUCACUGGUUAGAGCAGCGGUAGACAGAAGUUACAGUGAAGGAAGUUUGAGGAGCUCUGACAAGCUCGAUCUAAGGUGGCGUUCUUUUCAGUUGCAGCUGCCCUGAAAACAUGGUAAGGUAAAGUAAAUGUCGAAUGUCAUGAAGCAAGGAUUCUGUUAAAAACUUGAACAAGGUCCAACCCAACCUCUGUGUCCACUUUAAAGUCAUUCCAGUGUUGCUGCACUUGUAUCUUGAUAUUAUGGCCUCCUCCUGGUCUUAAAUUCUUUCCUUCCUUUUGUUCUGUGCCAUUGUGAUGAUUUUUGAUUUUGCUUAUUUAUUGAUGUAUUUAUUUGCUUGAUUGUAACUUAUUGUUUUGAUCUCCGUCAAUAAGUGUAAUUUGAUGGCCUGAGAGGAAUGAUGUGGGUACCACUGCCAACAGAGAAGAAUGCCAUACCGGGUGGAAGGAAGUGCUUUUUAUUUAGUGAUGCCUUACACGAUGACUCGAUGAAGUUUGGUCACUGUGCAGUUCCAGUGUAGCCGCUGACCACGCCUUAGUGGAGCCCAGUUACAAGUCCGUGAAGUGAAAUUGUUAUCAUGUGUUGUUUUUUAUGAUGUCAAAUUUUGAUGAAUUGUGUGUCAGAUUUAUCCUCAUAAGUUUAUUCUGAUUUCUUUGCCUGUCUGUCCCAUGAAGGAAUGCCAUAUGAUGACAUGUCAAAUCACAAGUACAUAGAUACUGUUCAUAGAAAAAACUGUUCAUGGUGACAAACAAAUGCACUUUUUUCAGUAGUAGUUGUUAUAUUUAUCAUGGAACACACAUAUACUGUACUGUACUGUCUUUUUGAGUUAGAGGACCUGUGUCAUGUCGUAUUUCUUUGAAGUGUGUCUAAGUACCAUAGAAUAGUUUUGAAGUUAGUAUACGGUGUCACGUGUAAUGCUACCAAACUGCGAUUCCGUAUUAGGGCCAUUGUAGAGAGAGAAAAAAAAAUUAUGGAGCUGGGGGAGGGCGUAAUAUUCAGGGGAAAAAAAAACAGCCACACACUGCAGAUGCUGCUGCCUGCUGUUGAUGACCUCAUCUAAUUAUACUUUGCAAUGGGAUUUAGUAACAAGGUAAUACUACUAAAUCUGAUAGCAUAAGAAAAUAGUUUUAUUUCUUGUAAAUUUGUGACUAUAAUCUCAGAAUUUUCGAAUUUUCUCUCAGAAACUUUUUUCUUGUAAGUUUAACACUUUAAUCAUUUUUGUUUUUUUUGUUUUUUUAAUUGAAUAUUAACAAGUCUUUUUUUUUACAGAAUAUUACUCCUCCCUCCCUUGGCCUCAUAUCUUUUUUUUUUUCUCCCUACAGUGGCUCUAAUAUGCUCUCUUACCAAACACUUAUUGUCUACUAAAAUUUGAUUAUUAAUAUGUAUUGGUAGUCAGUGAGCCUUAAUCCCAUUUUUCUCUCCUCCUCUCUGCUUUGUAUGCACCUUUUAUUUCUCUUCACCUUCUUAUAUUUGCUGCAAAUAGCUGUCGGGAAAAUGAACCACUUUGUUACCUAGAGUUUGCUUUACUUUUUGUGUGAAAUCAAACACAGUAAGCCUGCAAUGACACAAAGCUUUCCUACAACCCGGCCUCAAUUCCCUGACUGUUACAUCAUGUCUUAUUCAGUUGUAGAUUUUAGAUCCCAUCUCUCCUCACUCUGUUGUACUCCCGUGCAGCGUGACUUGCGAACACGUGGUGUUGUUUUGUACAUGUAAAUGCUUUGAACGUGACUGUCGCUGUUCGCCGUGGUUGAUUUUGCUGAUGCUGAUUGUGUAACUGAAUUCCAUCACAAUCUUUUAAACAUUUGAUGGUCAUUCUUGAGCAUAUUUGCAAAAAACAAUAAAUGACCAAACGUGGUUUAAUAAAAC